GGCUCCGUAACGGCCCCAAACGGCGUCGGCGACGGAGGCCGGAAGGCGUCGCCCAUUCUACUUCGUUCACACCCCAUUGAGCCGUUGAGCACGCACCCCGCGGAUUCGCGAUGGCGGUGCAUUUUCAGCGCCAGGAUCCCGUUCCCGGUUCGGGGACGCGAACCAACUGCGGCCAAUCCUCGAGCCUCGGUGCUGGCCAGGCUCGCUCAUGCUAUUGUGACCUCCCGUUUUUCCCCCUAAAUUCCAGGACUCCCUUCUCCCUUACCUUCCCGUCGUUCUUCCUACUCCUAACGCUCUCCUCGACUCACGAUGACGGUACCACGACAGUCGCGCUUCUCUGAGACGGGCCAGGGUAGAGUUAAUGCGCUCCUCCAGGCUUAUACGGCUAGUGCCAUCGAGGAGGAGGGCAAUAAGAAGCCCUUCGUUGCUCUGGGCACGAAGGCGGAGCGCGAUAGAAUAUGGGACACCUGGACCGAAAUAUUGCGAGAUGUGCCAUGGCAGCUCUAUCUAACUCCAAGCAUACCCGAAGGGGACGUUUUCUACAAACAAUUGGCGAGGUGGAAGGCUUUCCGCAAUUGGCAGAAAUACAACCGAGAUAUACAAUAAGGAAGAGGAGUUUGCUGUGUAUUUUAAGAAGGAGGUGUGACGAAACCAGGCAGUCCUGCCUCUGAAAGGGUUCGCCGGUCGAAGGUAAUCUGGUCGUGCUAUAGGUCUCGGUAAAGCCAAAAGGUUCACAACAAUACAAAUCGCAAU